AUGAAGGACAGGCUGGAGGAGCUGCGGAUGCGCGCACGGGAGGCGGGGGACCCCUGCGAUCCGGACGACACCUUCGCCUUCGAUAACCCUGUCUUCAGCCAAGAGGAGGCCGGUCCCAUGAGCAAGGUUUUCCAGGAGGGCUCUAAGCUCUCCCUGGCCCUGGACAAGCUGCAGGAGCUGUCUGAGAGCAUUGAUGAGAAGCAGCAGAGAGUGCUCUGCUGCACCACCGAGGAGAGCAUCUGCGAGGAGAAGAGAGGGCUGGGYGCCAUGAAGGCCUCCUUCACCAGCGAGGCGAAGCUCGUCCAGCCUCAGCUCAGCGCCAUGCACGAGAGGCUGGUGCGGGACAGCAGGCCGUGCGGCGCCGGCUACCGCAUCCGCCAGAACCAGCUCUCCCUCCUGGUGCGGCGCUACCGCGACAUCCUCACGCGGCACUACAGCAAGGAGACCCUCUACGUGGGGAAGCUGAAGGAGCAGAUCGCGAGGCAGGCGGAGCUGGCGGGCUUGAGCCUGCCCGAGAAGGACGUCGAGGAGCUGGCCGAGCGCCCCGUCGCCCCCCGCAUCGUGGGCCGCGACCUGGAGGUGCUGCGGGCCAAGCAGCAGCUGGCCGUGGCUCAGGUGCGGCACCAGCAGCUGCUGGACCUGGAGGCCCAAAUCACGGAGCUGCACUCGCUCUUCCUGCAGCUGGAGGUGCUGGUGUCGGAGCAGCACGAGGUCAUCAACAACGUGGAGCACUACGUGAUGCACACGCUGGACUACGUGUCCCAGUCGAGCGAGGAGGUGAAGAAGGCSCUGCAGUACAAGCGGCCGUCGCGGCUCGCGGCGCUGCUCGCCGCCGCCCUGAGCCUCUGCGCCUGCUGCACCUGCCUCUCGUGCCUGGCGGGCAGCGUGCGCUGA